AUGUUUAACGUAUACCUGCAAGUGCAUCUCCUAGUGGGUAUACUGGAGAAGAAGCGGGAUCCUUCUACAUAUGUUUACUUUAUAGACACAGUGCGCAAGGACCCCAAAGAAAACUUGCUCCAACUCUUCUGGGUGAAUGUGACCGCAUCUUUCAUCCGGGAAGUCAACAACCAAACGCGCGACUCUUCAUCUCUAGCUUUCUUCUUCGAGAGUGAAGUGCCGCGAUUACUGGGGUUGUGCAAUACACUGCACACCAGGAUGUUAACCCUACAACCGGCUCAGGAGGACAUGCUUACGGAGGGGUUAAAGCGAUUUGAGAAUGUGUAUCUGUCGCGGUCAGCUGCACGCUUGGCCGACAAUGUUAAUAUGAUGUUUGGAGGAAGUUCGGUACCAUCGAGAGACGCUGUGCUACAGCUGUGUCGUUCAAUAUCUGGGUAG